GAUGCAUAUUCGCUUGCAACGCAUGCUGGUCAGGGAACCACAUGGCAUCACUCACUUCUGCUGUGAGCAGUGUUAUUUUGUACCAUAAAUAGGUAUAGUUAAAUAAGAGUCAAUUUUAAACAAGAGGUUUUCAUCCACGUAGCGGAAAUGUCGCAGGUACAAGCUAGGUUCUUCACAGAGAAUAAAAAGUAUACAAUAGAUGAUGUCCCCUUCUCAAUCCCAGCCUCCUCUGAAAUUGUUGAUCUCAGCAACGUCAUUAACAAACUCCUGGAAGCUAAAAAUGAGGUCCACCAACAUGUGGAGUUUGACUUUCUCAUCAAGGGUCAGUUCCUGCGCACAGCUCUGGCUAAACACAUGGAGACUGAGAGCAUGUCAACGGAAGACGUGGUUGAGAUCGAGUAUGUGGAGAAGUACACAGCCCCUCAGCCCGAGCAGUGCAUGAUGCACGAUGACUGGGUCAGUGCUGUAGAGGCUGAUGGAGAAUGGAUUUUGACUGGCUCCUAUGAUAAAACUGCCCGAAUCUGGUCAUCAGAGGGAAAGGCUAUCAUGACUAUCGCUGGGCACACUGAGGUUGUGAAAGAUGUGGCUUGGAUUAAACGAGACGGCUUCACUUCCCUGCUCCUCAGCGCCUCCAUGGAUCAGACCGCUAUCCUGUGGGAAUGGAAUUCCGAGAGGAACAAGAUGAAGGCUCUGCACUGCUGCCGAGGGCAUGGAGGAAGCGUGGAUUCCAUCGCCGUCGACAACACCAGAACCAAAUUUUGCAGUGGAUCCUGGGACAAAAUGCUGAAGGUUUGGUCUGCAGUUCCAACAGAUAAAGAGGAUGACAUUGAAGACGCAGCAGCCAGACCAAGGAAGAAACAGAAAAUUAAACAAAUGGGGUUAACUAGGACACCCCUGAUGACCUUGUCUGGCCACAGCGAAGCCAUUUCCUCUGUACUUUGGUCUGACACUGAAGAAGUAUGCAGUGCAUCAUGGGAUCACACCAUCAAACUGUGGGACGCAGAGACUGGAGGGCUUAAAGCCACAUUGACAGGAAACAAGGUGUUCAACUGCAUCUCAUUCUCUCCACUUUGCAAGAGGCUGGCUUCAGGCAGCACAGACAGGCACAUCCGGCUCUGGGAUCCACGCACAAGAGAUGGCUCCCUGGUCCUGCUCUCUCUCACCUCCCACAAUGGCUGGGUUACAGCAGUGAAAUGGUCACCAGCACACGAACAUCAGCUUGUAUCAGGAUCUUUGGACAACAUUGUUAAGCUGUGGGAUACAAGAAGUUCCAAGGCUCCUCUGUACGACCUGGCAGCUCACGAAGACAAAGUCCUCUGUGUGGACUGGACAGAGAGAGGGUUGUUGCUAAGCGGAGGAGCAGACAACAAAUUGUACACCUACAAAUACUCUGCUCCCACUUCUGACGAGGGCGCGUAAAGCAGUCAGGAGGUUGCUGGGAGGCCCAUGUCUUCUACAUUUCCAGCUGUGGAUUUUAUCCAGUAGGAACUGAAGAUUCUAGAACACAUUAAUUUUUAAUGAAGCCUGAAGUAUUUACCCCC